AUGGAUGUUUUCACGGAUGUCCAAAAGAAGUGGGAGAAGGCUUCCGAGAGUGGGAAACAAGUGACCGAAGCAAGUUUAAAAGAAAUCAUUUACCCGCAUACUAUUACAAAAUCUGAGCCAACAGUGAAUGAGACACCCAAAGGUCGGCCAACAACCAAAAAGAAAGAGGCAACUAGGCUUCCUUCGUUACAUGAAAGGAUUGCGAUGUUAUAUCCUCCUGUAAAGGUGGCGCCAAAGGUACGGGAAAAAGAAGUUCACCAACAUCAUUACUUUCUGAACCAUCAUUACUUAAAGGACAUGCCAGAUCAUUUUCUUCCUUUUAUUUUAUCGACGGAGGAUGUUGCAAAAGAUGGAAAUUGUGGAUUCCAUGUCGUGGUUGAGGCGUUGGGUUUAAAGGGUAGCCUUGAGGUAGGAGAACUUGAUCCCAUCAGUUAUGUAAGAGACAAGAUGGUUACCAAUCUCUUGAAAAAUCAAAAUAUGUAUAAGAAAAUGAUGACGGAUGAAGAAUUUGUGGAAUUGGUUAACUGUAUACGACCUAUUUCCAAAGAUGAAUAUUUAGUGCUUCCUGGCGGUAAACAUAUUGUCCCCUCUGAUCGAUGGAUACUUAUGCCAAAAUGUGGAUUUGUGAUAGCGGAGACAUUUUCUUGUGCAGUGUACUACAUCAAUCGUGACAUGAGUUACACAUUUGUACCAACUCUCGUUAAAAUGCGCAAGGGUAUCAAGAAUCGAAAGGUUGUCAUGGGAUUCGUUGAAGGAAACCAUUUUAUCGGUCUUCGUUUGAAGGAGAACUGUCCGCUGCCUCCCAAAACUGAUAACCUAUGGUUUUUGAAACAUGUUAAGAGUGAUAUUCCACCGAGUGGUACGGUCAAGUUGAGGAUAGAAUGA